UUUCACCUUUGCUCUGACAGACUUUAUUGUAAAGUCCGUCUUUCCACUCAACCCAUUCCCAUUUCUACCGGAUCCACUCACCUUCAUUUCCCAUUCCUCCAACACAUUAUCAAACUCAAGGAACUCAACCAAUGAAUUCGAUGCUUACAUUGACUGUGGCGGCGGUCGCAGCCAUCGUUGCCAUCAUCUUCUCCCUCCAAACCCCUCUUCUCAAGCUCAAUCAGGUCCUUGCGCCGCCGCAGAUUCCCGGAACCCACGAUUAUCUCCAUUCGGCCACUGUUAUUUCUGUCCCUGGAGCAAUCGGACCGGAGAGCCUGAUUUUUGAUCCUAACGGUGAAGGUCCGUAUACUGGGGUUGCCGAUGGCCGGAUUCUCAAGUGGCAAGGCGAUGGCCGUGGCUGGACUGAUUUCGCUGUUACCAGCUCUCACAGGAGUGAGUGUGUUCGCCCAUUGGCACUUGAAUUGGAGCAUGUUUGUGGGAGACCAUUGGGAUUGCGUUUCGAUAAGACAACUGGAGAUCUCUACAUUGCCGAUGCCUAUCUUGGUCUUCAUGUAGUGGGACCUUCUGGAGGUUUGGCAACAAAACUUGUGAGUGAAUUCGAAGGCAAGCCACUUCGCUUCACAAACGAUCUUGAUAUUGAUGAAGACAACGAUAUCAUAUACUUUACUGACAGUAGUACAGUUUUCCAAAGAAGACAGUUCAUGGCGUCGAUAUUGAGUGGAGAUAGUACGGGCAGGUUAUUUAAGUACCACCGAGCUAGUAAACAAGUUGCAGUUUUAUUACAAGGCCUUGCUUUUGCCAAUGGUGUUGCAUUAAGUAAAGACCAUUCCUAUGUGCUUGUGGUUGAGUCCACCUCUGGCAGGAUCCUCAGAUUUUGGCUUCAAGGCUCCGAAGCAGGAAAUUUCGAUGUUCUUGCUAAGCUUCCGGGCUUUCCCGACAACAUUAGAAGGAAUUCAAAAGGCGAAUAUUGGGUCGCUUUGCAUUCAAAAAGGGGAAUGAUUGGGAACUUGGUUACUUCAACAUCUUGGUUUGGGAAGCUGUUGUUGAAGCUUCCUGUUGAAUUCAAGCAAUUGCAUCGGUUGUUGGUGGGAGGGAAGGCCCAUGCAACUGCUAUUAGGUUGAGUGAGGAAGGAGAGGUUUUGGAGAUUUUAGAAGAUUGUGAAGGGAAAACUUUGAAGUUCAUCAGUGAAGUUGAAGAGAAGGAUGGAAAGCUGUGGUUCGGGUCGGUUCUAAUGCCGUUCAUUGGCGUUUAUGAACCGAAAUAGGCUUGUCCUAAGCUAUUUCUCGAAACACGAUUCGAGUAGAUAGUUCACUCUUGCUUCUUCUUGUAAUUUUAGUUUUCCUUUUUGGAAUAGAGCAAGUUUCAUGUAGAAGAUCAUAAAAAAGGCUUUGGAAGAGAGCUGAAGCUCUCGUUGAUCUAACUUUUGGUUAAUAUAUUCUGAUUUUGAAACUCUCUUCAUCUU